AUGGCCCAGCUCCGCCUCACCGACUUCUUCGGGCAGACAAAAGCGCCCACCGGAGCCCCGGCCAAGCGCAGCGGCGGCCCCCGGCUCAAGGCCGCCCUCGGCGGUUCCCCGGCGCACCGGGACGAUGAGGAUGGUGCCCCGGCGGGGCUCAGCGCCCGCUCGCUGCCGCUGCCCGGCUCUCCGCGCACCCCGGCCCGCGGGGGCUCCCCGGCCCUGCGGGGCCUGGCGGGCAGGAAGCGGAGCCGCCGGGAGAUGGAAGCGGGGUCACCGAUCGGGGCCCGUCUCGGGGAGCCCAGCGGGAAGUCAGCGCGGAAGAGGCUGGAGCUGCCCCGGGAUGCGGAGCCGGGGUCUCCGGGAGCGGCCACCAGCUCCUCGCCUCUGGCCACUCCUCGACCCCCCACACCCCUCUCACCGGACCUGGCCGUGUCCCCCUCGGCCACCACCACCGGCCAUGGGCAGGACACGGGGACAGAGCCCGGCCCAGCCCCCCCGGGGCCAGCCCGGCGCCUGCAGCGGGAGGACGUGGCCGAGCUGCAGGGCCGCCUGCAGAGGAUGAAGGUGAUGGGCCAGGUGCCCUCUGUCCCCAGCGGGACCAGCAGUGACCUGCGGAGCCGCCUGGAGCGGGUGCGGCAGCUGGAGCUGCGCGUCCGGCAGAGGAGAGCGGGGACUGGGGACACCAGGGAUACCAGGGACACCAAGGACACCGGGACAGCAGCUUCUGAGGGAGACAGCAGGGAUGGGACAGGGUGGGAGGUGGCACUGUGUCAGCAGCAGGACCCUGACCCCUGUCCUGUCCUUCCCUGCAGCAAGAAGCCCCCGGCCUACCAGCGGUUCCACACUCUAGCCCAGGAGCUGCCCCCGGGGCUGACGCUGCCCUACAAGUUCCGGGUGCUGGCAGAGAUGUUCCGCAGCGUGGACACCAUCACCGGGAUGCUCUUCAACCGCUCCGAGACUGUCACCUUCGCCAAGGUCAAGCAGGGCGUGCAGGACAUGAUGCGCAGGCAGUUCGAGGAGCGGCACCUGGGGCAGAUCAAGGCCGUGUAUCCCAGCUCGUACCGGCUGCGCCAGGAGAAGAACGUCCCCACCUUCGGCAGCAGUGGGAAGAAGUCUGAGUAUCAGCUCACGCUGGAGCCAGUGCUGGGGGAAGAGGAGAAGGUGGAUGGGCGCCCGCACCUGUCGGCGUCACGGCUGCUGGAGCGCCGGAGGGAAUUCCACCGCAACCUGGUGAACAUCGUCAGGGAGCACCACAAGGCAUUCCUGGCUGCCCUCAGCCCUCCCAUGGUGGUGCCAGAGGAGAAGCUGACCCGGUGGCAUCCCCGCUUCAACGUGGAUGAGGUGCCGGACGUGAGCCCCGCGGAGCUGCCGCGGCCGCCGCAGGAGGACAGGCUGAGCACAGCCCAGGAGGUGCUGAACACAGCCAGGGGGAUGCUGAGCCCCAAGAUGGAAAAAGCUCUUGCCAACCUGGCCCUACGAACGGCCGGAGCCGAUGCGGGGGAACCGACGCUUCCCAAAACCCCAACCCCUGCCAGCACCUCCAGCGCGCUCAAAGGGGUGUCCCAGGAGCUGCUGGACCGCGUGCGGGCGAAGGAGGCGCGGCGGCUGCAGGCGCUGCUGACCCGGGACGCGCGGCAGGAGGAGCGGGCGGCGCGGCUGGCGCGGCUGCCGGCCAUGGCGCGGGUCCUGCGCGGCCUCUUCGUGGCUGAGAAGAAACCUGCACUCAGCAUGGAGCUGCUCUGUGCCCGCCUGGCUGACAGCUGCCCCGAGCUGGUGGCACCUGGUGAGAUGGAGAAACACGUGCGGCUCCUGGCGGAGGUGCUGCCCGACUGGGUGGGUGUUCACACCCUCAGGACGGACACCUACGUGAAGCUGGACAAGGAGAAGGACCUGGGCCUCGUCACUGAGAGGCUCAACAAGCUGGCCAAGGAGGCUGGAGCUCUCUAAACCCCUCAAGGGUUGAGUUUUUUUCUGUGCAAUCUCCUGGAAAUGUAGCAGAUCCCAACAGCUCUCUGAGUUCUGGGGUGGGCUGGAGGGAGGCUCGUCCUCAGCAGUGGCUGGGGAAGGGCAAAAUGCCUUAAUUUAAUUAAUUCCUGUAGUGGGGUCCCUGAGGAUUGUAGCUCCCCUAGUCCCUGAGCAAUCCUGUGGGUGAUGGUGAACGCAGCCCUAGCCUGAGGAACCUUUCCCUCCUGUGUUUUGAAGGUUCAGUGCAUGAGGGGUCUCCUCAAGGUCCAAUUUCAGAGGUUUCUUCCAUUAACUGGGUCCUGGUGGGGUGAAGGCAGAACAGGGCAGGCUGAGGGUGACAAACAGGAAGGAGUGAGAGAAAAAGUCACAGUUUGAUGUUCCUGGAGCUUUGGGCCUCGUUCUGUUUUUAAGGGAGGGAAAAUGCAUCUUCCAGUCCUCGCUGGAAACAACUGCAGGACUUGUCAAAACACAUUUGUAUUAAAUGUUUUAAAUAUAGCUGACUUGUGUUAACCCAGUGCUCUUCCUCGCUGCCUGUCUCGUGGUUCUCCAUGGCAAUUGGCGCUGGGAAGGGCUGG